AUGCCCCCGACACCUGAAGGAAAACCAACGCUUCCGCAGGGCCCAGGGUCCAGUGGGAAGAAAAAGAAAAAUAAGAACAAGAGGAAGAGUGCUGGGAAAGAAGAGAAGAGCCCUGUGACGAACAACGAAAAUGGCAAGGAACCGCCCAACAAAUCUGAAACUGACACGCCUCCCAGCAAUGGCAAUACUCCUGCCAAAGAGCUACAAGAAAGUCCAACUGUACCAAAACCAGAGGAGAAUCAAGGACCAAAGGAAAAUAUAGGGGCCAGUGGGAAAAAGAAAAAGAAGAAAAACAAAAAGCGCACUGCCAGGGACGAAAAGAGCCCGACCACAGCCGAAGCAAAUGGGAAGGACUCGUCCAACAAAUCUGCAACUGAAAAGCCCCCAAGCAACAGCAGUAAUCCUGCCAAGCAGCCAGAAGAAAGUACCACAAAAUCGACGCCAGAAGAGAAGCAAGGACCACCGAAAGACACUGGGUCAAAUGGGAAGAAAGCAAAGAAGAACAAGAAGAAUGCUGCCAAUGAUGAGAAGAUCCCAGUGAAGGACAAAGGAAUUGGCAAGGAUUCACAUGACAAAUCUGAAAUUGAAAAAGUUCCAAGCAAUGGCAGUGCUCCUGCCAAACAGCUUCAAGAAAGUCCGACUGUACCAAAACCAGAGGAGAAUCAAGGACCAAAGGAAGAUGCAGGGUCCAGUGGGAAAAAGAAACGGAAGAAAAACAAAAAGAACGGUGCUAGUGAUGAAAAGAGCCCUAUCACCAAAGAAGAAAGCAGCAAGGAGGACACACCUGAAACUGUAAAUCCCCCAAGCAACGGUAGUGCUCCUGUCAAGCAGCCUGUUGAUGCAGAGAAGGAGUCUGUGAACGCAGCAGAAGAGAGUGUCACUGCGCUAACUCGAUCUGAAAAGAGAGCAGCCAAGCGCAAGAGGCAAAAGGAAAAGAAAGAGAUGACGAAUGGGUCAAGCCCCACCGACGAAGAAGGUGAAUCCAAAGAGAACAACGAGAAAGCACCCGAGAAAUCACAAAACGGAAACCACAAACAGGGCACUCCUUUCAAACAGCCAACUCAAGAAGAGAAGAAGAGGCGAGCGCAGCUUGCUGCAGAGAUUAGGGCUGAAUCACGCAGGAAGAAAAAGGAAAGGAAAAGGAACCAGAGCUCCACUACCGGUAAUAAUAAUGAAGCUGCUACCAAACAAGCGAACAACAAUCCACUUCUCGAAGCUUAUCAAGCCUUUAUGCAAAAUAAUGCCUCCAAGCAAGAGUGCGCCAACUUCUUUUCGACUACUCUGAUGGAUGCAGACCGUCGCGCGGAACUGUGGACGGAACAAGCCGAUCUAGGCGAGGCCUUGUUGAAUCAAUAUAGUUGGGCCAUUCCGGAUGAACGUGCCAUUCGUAUCUUGAAGCACUUCAGUCCACUGGUGGAGAUUGGGUGUGGGGCGAAUGCCUAUUGGGCACGGCUUCUGAAACGGGAAGGUGUCGACAUUAUUGCCUAUGAUGUGAAUCCCAAUAGUGGUGGAAAGAUUCCAACCGAAGGACAUCAACAAGGCACGAACGGGUCCGAGUCAAAGGAUGAGCUACAGGCGUUGAAGGGUGGUCCUGAAGCCUUGGCAUUUAAGAAGGUUCGCAAAUCCAAGCGAACGUUGCUGUUGUGCUAUUGCGAUGAAGAGCCACUGCCACCUGAAGUGAAGCCCACCGACCAGUCCUUGUCCUCAGAUGAGCGCAAAAGCGGCGACAGCCACAAAGAUGAUGCAAGCGACCGCGAUGGUGGCUCUCUUGGAGCGGCAUGUCUACGUCACUACCAGGGUGACUACAUUAUUCACAUUGGCGAGCUGUAUGGGGACACGCUGUGCGUAGAUCAAGCGCCAUGGGGACGUACGUCGGCUCCGACAUUUCAGGAACUUUUGGCAAAGUCCUUUCACUGCCUUUUGAAAGCCAGCCUCCCCAGCUGGCUUCAUACACGAGAUUCCAUCAGCGUUUGGAAAAGAACGGAAACCUGUCCGAUGGUCUUUGCAGGCGACAACGAGGACGAUGAGCCGGAGGAAGAUCAUUAUAGGCAUAUUCCGAGUGAGGAACGGCUGCAAAGUGAUAUUGCGGCUCAGUGCUUGCUUCAUUUGUUGCAUCCUCCAACAACCAACAAGUUUGCCGCCAAUGGACAGAAAAUGAACGGAACGAAGAACAAGGCAACCAAAGCGCCUGCGUCCGAGGAGCCCAAGUCCAAGAAAAUGAAACUCAAGGGGAAGGGCAAGGAGCACGAACCAACCGACAAUAAGCAACAAGGUUCCAGGCAGAAAGAUGAAACAUGUGAUCCAAUUUCGGAGAGCAGCAAUGGCAGCUCGAACGGAGGCGUUCCCAACAACAAGAAAAGCUCAAAGCACAACAACAAGCAGCAAGACACGAUUGAAGAAACACCGAAGGAGAGUGAAGGCAAUGCGAAGAGGGAAAUCGCUCCCGACACUGAAAAGAUAGAGAUGGAGGAGUCUUCUAAUGGCAAGGAUGCCGGCUUCAUCGAAGUGAAAGGCAAACGUAGACGUGAGAAGAAAGCCAAGAAGAUUCCCGCACAGAAAUUCUCUCCUGGAAAGGAUACUCCGAUGUCUGGGCUCGGAAAACGGAAGGCAAAACCAGACCAACCAGGGUCCAGGGAGAAGCGGCAAAAGAAUGUUCGAUUUGAAGGUAACGCUUCAAAAGAAGCCGUUCCGAACGAGGGCAGCAAGUAUGAGGUUGAGUGGUAG